UAUUAAUAUUUUCUUGUUAAUAAUAUAACAGACAUGUCUUAUAAGAAGGAUAACAGGAUGGAUAAGCUUUAAAUGAGACUAAAGGAAGUUGAAGAGGAGAACAGGGUAUUGAAACAAGAAUAAAAUCAAUUAAUAUCCACUUUAUUAAAAUAAUUGAGUGAAUUAUAAGAAUAAAAUCGUCAAAUCUUAUCAAACAAUAAGAAUCAAGGAACUAUAUUACAUGAACUUAACAAAUUAUGUGGAACCAAUUAGACUAAUAUAGAUUUAUUGCUUUUGGAUGUUAAUCAUAAAAUUUAAGAUUAUAAAUAACAAUUAGCAUUAUUAGAAAGAACUUGUAAAGAGUAUGAAGAGAUAGUUGUACAAUAAAACAAAUUGAAAGAAAAAACUGUAAAGAGUGUUUCAUCUUAAAAAUUUAUCAAUAAUAGUAAAAAGUAGAGUAUGGAAUCUUUGGAUAGUAAUAUAAAAUUAGAGUCUUAACUAUUGGAUGAAGAAUAAUCAUUAUUAGAAUUGUUGGAGAUUCCAUAAGUUAAUAAAUUGUGUUUAAAAAUUGACUAAUUAGGUUAGUAGAUAAUAGAGAAAUUGAGAGAUUUUAGUUAAAAACGAGAUAGUAGACAUAGGUUGGUUGAGUAACUAAUACCUCUAAAAUAAGCACUUAUACUAUGA